AUGAUAUCUAGAGCACUGACAGGUUAUCUUUUCCAUAACCUGGCACUGAACCAAAAUGCUAUCCAGUCCUCGGUUGGUGACAGCGUGGGUAUUGCUGGCAAGGCAGUUGAUGGGAGAAGAGAAUCAAGAUAUCAGUUAGGGUCCUGCACACUCACCAAGUCAGAAUCUGAUCCCUGGUGGAGAGUAGACCUGGUAAAUGUGUAUACAAUUGGUGCUGUAAUAAUAACCAAUAGAGCAGAAGUGGAAAACGGACUGGAUGGUGCUGAAAUCUGGAUUGGAAAGUCAGCAGCGAUCAAUGACAUUGAAAGCAUGAGAUGUGCAGUCAUCUCUCAUAUUCCCAGUGGACAGACAUACUACUUUCCAUGUAGCUCCAUGGAGGGACGCUACGUCACUGUGUUUCUACCAGGAAGUGAAAAUGUCCUUAGCAUCUGCGAGGUUGAAGUGUACUAUGGAUACCCAUUACCCAAUGUGGCACUCAAAGGAGAAGCUACCCAGUCAUCUACACUCUCUUUUGCCACUGCAUCCAAAGCCAUCGAUGGCAGACGGAACUCGUUCUACAGCAAUGGGUUCUGUAGCCACACGGCUGAAGACGAGACCAACCCCUGGUGGAGGGUGGACCUGCAGCGAAGCUUUACAAUCACUGCUGUAAAAGUCACCAACAGAGGAGACUGCUGUGCUGAAAGACUGGAUGGAGCUGAGAUCAGAAUAGGAAACUCACUGGAGAACAAUGGAAACAAUAAUCCCAGGUGUGCUUCCAUCUCACAUAUCAACGUGGGUAAAACCUACACAUACCGGUGUGACGGAGGCAGCAUGGAGGGUCGCUUUGUGAAUGUGUUUCUUCCUGGACAGAAGAAGACUCUCACCCUGUGUGAAGUGGAGGUGUAUGCUGCCCCAGCAGUCACUGCUGUCACCAUCAUCAACAGACAAGACUGUUGUUCUGAAAGACUUCUUGGGGCACAGAUCCUGAUUGGAGACUCACUGGAGCAGAAUGGCAACACAAAUUCCAGGUGUGGCGUUAUGGAAUCAUUAGCGGGUACACCAACAUACACAUUCCAGUGUAAUGGAAUGGAAGGUCGCUACAUCAAUGUGAUCAUACCAGGAUCUUCAAAACUUCUGACGCUGUGUGAAGUGGAGGUGUUUGCUUCUCUGCCUGCACCAGAAGCCAUCAUUCCUUCACUGACUCCUCCACCUCCUCCUAGCCCUCCUCCCACUGUGAGCCUGCAGCUUGGUGGCAGGAACGUGACGGUGGUGGGAGAGAGGCUCUGCUGGUCUGAUGCUCUGAUGUACUGUAGACGUUAUUACUGGGACCUGCUCAGCCUUCACAGCCAACAGGAGCAAAGCGAGUUGGAGCAGCUGCUGGGCCUCAUUCCUUUCUCCCUCACAGACCACGUCUGGCUGGGACUGCGCAGAUCCCUCAGAGGAGACGAGUGGUUCUGGAUGUCUGGAUAUUCCAUGAAUUUCUUAAAUUGGCCACAAGAUUUUGUUCCUGACAGCUACUCCAGCACCUGUGGAGGCGUGGCCAGCAAGGAUCACUUCCUCUGGCAGGACCAGCCCUGUGAGGAGAACCUCAACUUCAUCUGCCAAUCAGGUGCUGAUGAUGCUGUGCAGAGAGUUUAUUUCUCCAGCACCAAGGAUCCUAUAAGUCCUUAGUAAAGGAGAACAAUGUACUAUCUGAUGGAAUGGAUACAAAUACAUAUAUCUGAAACCUUUUUGCACUCCUUUAGUUCUCGAAAUUAUACUACAGAAAAACUAUAAGACGUUUCUGCACACAAUACCAUGUUUGCCCCUUUUUUU